AUGGCCCCCCACUGGACCGGCUUCUUCAUCGGCGUCAGUGCCACAUUUUUGAUAUCCUGCCUCAGCAGUUACAGUGUCGAAGAGCAAACCAAAGAAAGAUGCCAGAAGGAACACCAGCAAACCCACGAGCUCGCAGAUCUCCUCAGCGAUACCCUCAAGUACGGCUGUGACAAGAUGGACGACUACCACGAGAAGGUGGAAGCGGGGUUGACGCUGCGGGACCUCGCUGAGCCAAAUAUCAGGAAGAGGAGCGCGGCUGAGAAGUUGGCGAGGGACCAGAGAUUCAAAGAGGGGAAAGCAACGGAGCAAGAUAUGGAAUUCAGGAGGAGAUUUGAGGAGGAGAGAAGGAAAGAGCAGGCAGAGAGGGAGACGAGGAAGAGAAUGGAGGAGUUGGAAGAGGAAUGGAGGAGAGAGGACGAACGCCUCGAUUUGCAAAGGUCUCAGGUAAAGGUCCUUGCUAGGAUUGCUGAGAACGUCAAAGAUUUCAAUAGCGAUUGA